GUCUCCGGAGCCAACAGGUGGGUGGGAACGCCCUGCUUGUUGAGCAGGUAGAGCAGGUAGAGUAGGUUACAAGAACAUCGCUAACACUCCGCAGAGGGAACGGAGCUGGAGAGGGGCAAACGUGCGCGGUUGGACAGACACCCGGAAUGAGCAACAAGUGACCGUGCACAGCUUCUCUCCACGUUUAGAUCCCCACUUUCCUUCAGUAUCUCAAAAUGAAGAUCGCUGGUGUGUUGGCCAUUGUGAGUUUGGUCGUCAUGGUCGUCAUUAUUUUCCAGGCCGUGCACCAGGAGCUUCAAAUGCGUAAUGCGAAACUCCGCGUGGUGGAAAACUCAGAGGAGGUCAAGAGGAAAGAAGAAGCCAUCCUCGAGGUGAAGACUAAACUAAAGACGCUGAAACAAUCAAUGAAAGACGUCAACGGAAAGAUGGAAGAGCUGAAGAAGAAGAAGGAAGAUUUAAUAUUGGCAACGAACAAUUUCGGUCAAAGUCUGCAGACCUGUAACAACGAGAAGACAGAUAUUGUGAAGAAGAAGAUAGACCUGACAAAGGUUGUUUCCGAACUCAAAGCUGGCCACGAGGACUCUAAAAAGAAGGCUGAGGUGGAAAUUCAGAGCUUGAAACAACAAAUCCUGGAUAGAGACAAAGCUAUUUGUGCCUUUGCAGAUACAACCAAGGAGGAAGCACGGAAGCUGUGUGGAAUCUCUGCAUCUGUAAAAUAAAGCCAAUUCUGGAUUACUCAACAGGCAUGGGGAUAUUUUAAUUAAUUACUGAUGUGGUGUGAGUGCAUUUUGUUCAUGAUAAGUAAUGAAACUUUAUUCAAAAAACGGAAUGUACAUCAAAUUGCAUAUACAUGGGGGAGUGAAGUCUUGUUGCAUAUCAUUUUGAAGUUUAAUUUAAUAUUUUUUUACACUGUGUUUAACACUGACUGGAGCUUGUGACUACAUCCUUGACAAGUAAAUGAUCUUUGAUAUGUGAAUGUGAUUCCUAAAGAAAUGGCUCCACUGAUUAAACCAGUUGAACUACA